UGCAGUAUAAGAAGGCAGGAGUCGGCCCUGCUCAACAUCAAUUCCACUUGUACAUUUAUCGCUGUUCCCCACACCCCCACAAGGAGCACAUAUCUCUCACACACACUUUACUCCACCAAAUCUAACUCACCCCACAACCCCCACACUCCACCAUGUCUGAAGAGCAUCACGAUUUCGAGGGCGGCUCUGCCAACGCCUCUGCCACGUUCCCCAUGCAGUGCUCUGCCCUGCGCAAGAACGGCCACGUCGUCAUCAAGGGCCGUCCCUGCAAGAUUGUCGACAUGUCGACCUCCAAGACCGGCAAGCACGGACACGCCAAGGUCCACAUUGUCGCUCUCGACAUCUUCACCGGCCGCAAGAUGGAGGACCUGUCUCCCUCCACCCACAACAUGGACGUCCCUGUCGUCAAGCGUGACGAGUACACCUUGCUCGACGUCCAGGACGGCUACCUCACCCUGAUGACGUCCGAGGGCGCCACCAAGGAUGACGUCCGCUUGCCCGAGGGCGAGCUUGGCCAGCAGAUCGAGGACGGCUUUGAGGAGGGCAAGGAGCUCAUCGUCACUGUCGUUUCUGCUAUGGGCGAAGAGUGUGCUCUUGCCGCCCGCGAGGCCCCCAACUCCUAAGCUGAGACACGAACCAUGCAACUGUGAACGAAACUUUUUGAGCAGCGUCUGUUGAGAAUGUCGCGAGAGGCCUCGGGCCGUCGCCGGCGCUUGUGCAGGGCGUGCUUUGCUGGUUUGUUGUCGUCGGCUCUGGAGGAGCCAGCGGGCGGCUGUUCAAACUGUGUACCUUAGAGCUCUCACGGAGAGUGGGCGGGAGCCUGCCGGAGGGAAUGACUUGUCUGGUUGGUGUCUGCGUCCACGUCUGUGAUACUCUAGUUCUGUGUUUUUAGUUGGUUUUUCUGGGUUCUGUCUCUAUUAUUUCCAAGCGGAUGCAGUGAGCUGCAUCGAGGGAACGGGUGUGUCAGGGCGAAUCGCUGCCUGCACACCUGAACUGUACUUAUUAGUAAGGAAGUCUUUUGGAUGAAA